AUGGACCAACAGCCUCUCUCACCUCCCGCAGAGUCCGACUCAACCUUAACAACAAACCAUCCCUUAAACGCACCAGUCCCGCUUGACUCCCCCCUCCGCACAACACCCAUCCACCCAUCCCUCCCCGAUAUCCGCGUCCCGAACUCGCCCCUAAAACCACACCAGUACGACCCAGUCACCUGCGCCCCCAUCGAUCUCGAAUCUGGCUCCAUCCGGUCUCACCUUAACCACCUCCGGACGGAAUACCCAUCCCCUAGCGCGGCGCUGAAAGCGCAGGAGCAAGUGGCCAAGGAAGCGAAGCGAAAGAUCCAGGAGGCGGAGAGGAAACGCGAGGAGGUGCAAAAGGCCAUGGAUAAGAAGGUCAAGGAGCGGGAUACGGAGAUGAAGGUCCUAUCGAAGUAUCAGAAGGUUAGGGGCUUGGAACUUCCGUCUCGAGCCUUGGGUUGA